AUGGCGUCACCCACUCCCGGAAUCCUCCUCCGUCUCCUCCAGUCCAUGAACUCCGCCACCAAAGUCACCGGCGACCACCGCUCCGCCCUCCUCCAAGUCAUCGGCAUCGUCCCCGCCCUAACCGCCUCCGACGACCUCUGGCCCAACCACGGCUUCUUCGUCCAGCUCUCCGACUCCCUCAACUCCACCUACGUCUCCCUCUCCGAAAAAGACACCGAUCUCAUCCUCGCCAACCGCCUCCAGCUCGGCCAGUUCGUCUACGUCGACCGCUUCGACUUCGACGCGCCCGUGCCGCGCGUGGCCGGCAUACGCCCCAUCGCGGGGCGCCACGCCUUCGUCGGAGUCCCCGAGCCGCUCGUGGCGCGGAUCUCGGCCUCCAAAAGAGAAUUCGUGAUCCAGCCGGUGUCGGAAUCCGACCAGUCAGCCGACUUCAUGGCGAUUUAUCUCUCGAAUAACAAGAAGCCGGAGCCGCCGGCGAGGGCGGAGGUCAAGGAGGCGAAGAUCGAGAAGGGGAAAUCGCCGCGGCGGCAGCCGUUUGCGAAUAGGGAGAAUAAUGUGGGAGGGAAUGUGAACUCCGACGAGGUCAAGAAGGUCCCAGAUCGGCCGGUGGCGGCGAGAUUCUCUUCUCCGGCGACGGCGAAGAGGUCCGCUUCCGCCGGGAAGAAGAAUGUGGCGGUAGCUCCGGCGGAGAGGGAUCCGUCGCCGGCCGGGAAAGGGAAGAGAUCGUCGUCUCCGGCGCCGUCGAAAUGUGUUGUUCCGAGCCUGAUGGUGGCGCGUGAAGAGAACAGGAAGGUGGCCAAGGAGCCCUCGAUUAUUGUGCCGUCGAGGUACCGGCAGCCGUCGCCGAUUGGGGGGCGGAGGCAGGCGUCGCCGAAUCCGAGAAGGGCUUCGAUAUCUCCGGGGAGGAGAUUGUCUGUUGGAGGAGCAAAGGACUCUGCUGCAAGGAAGAAAAUGGCUUCAAUUGUUGCCGGAAUUUCGAAGAUUUCGGAUACAAUUUCGGGUUCUGGUAAGAAUAAUCGGAAGGGAUGGGAUGAGUCGCCUGCCGUGGAGCAAAAGGAGAAGCCUUUGUCAAAGAAUAAACCAGAUGUGCAAUCAAUUUUGAGAACUCAGGCUGCGCUUUCGAGACGAUUAAGUGAUGCGAAAACGACCAGUGAUGAUUGUUUGAGUGUGAAAUCGAAAGCAAGCUCACAUGAAGAUAGCCCGGUGCAAGAGAAGCCAUGCUAUGCAGCUCUGGGUAUUACUGUGCAUGAAAGGAAAUGGACUGAUGGAAGUGUUCCAUUAGAUGGAGUCUCUGCUGACCUUGCAAGGCUUGGGAAGGAAGCUAUGCAAAGGAAGGCACUUGCUGCUGCAGCGGCAGCUGAAGCACUAGAGGAGGCCAUUGCUACAGAAUCUCUUGUUAGGAAAUUAAGCAUGUUUGCAGAACUGUCUUCCAUAUCAAAGGUUGGGAAUCCUUUACCUGCAAUUGACCGGUUCUUUUCGAUUUAUGAUGAUGUUGUUAAAUCAACAACAAGUCUUGAAUCAAUUGCCAGCAACCGCAAUUCUGAUUCACUUUGUGAUAGCAUUCCAACUGAGCAAUCCAAAUCUGUUUCUCUUUGGGUUGAAGCUGCAUUGGCUACUGAUCUUGGAGUUGUCUCUCUUCUUGGCCCUCAAGAUCAUGAGUCUCCACCCACUCUGCAGAAAAGUUUGUCAACAAGACAAUCUCUCAACGCACCUGCCAAAGCCAAUUUGAAGAUCACUCAGUCCAAUGCUCAUGCUGGGGGGUGGAAGAAGGGUAAUGGAAUGAGAGAGACUGUGGAGCUUGCAAAGAACUUGCAGUCGGAGAUGCAAAUGUGGUUUCUACAGUUUGUUGAGAAAGCCAUGGAUGCUGGUUUUCGGGUGUUUGGAGAAUGUGCUGCAGAUGGUGGGAAGUUACCUCUAGACUGUGGCUCCAUUGCAGCUGUCCUGUCACAGUUGAAGCGAGUUAAUGAGUGGUUGGAUCGAGUUGUAUCGAAAAGGGAUGAUCUACUGAAUGAAAAGGUUGAUCGGCUCAAGAGAAAGAUCUAUGGCUUUGUCAUUCAACAUGUUGGGACGACGUUUGACAAUUCCUCACCUCGUGCUUCAUCUUGA